AUGGAGGCAGUAGAAGAGCAAAAAAUGAGUAGCGACUCUACAAUGGGUUUGGAAGGAACAGACGUGGAAAAGGCACAGCUAGAUGAGAUAGAGCCAACCCAGAGUCAUGUUGAAAGGCCACAGUCGCUUUUCAAAGAAACCGUGUUCGUGGCGGUAGUGUGUUGUGCGCAAUUGAUGACACAGGCAGGUCUGGCGCAGUCGAUAGUACCGGUGGACAUUAUUGGGGAUAGUUUUGGCACCACUCAACCAGGAGAGCUCAGUUGGUUUUCAGCAGCAUAUUCCCUUACGGUGGGCACUUUUAUUUUAAUUGCGGGUCGUUUGGGCGAUCUUUUCGGUCAUAAAAGACUUUUUGUGAUGGCAUUCAUGUGGUAUGCUUUGUGGUCAUUACUUGCAGGAUUCAGCGUUUACUCAAACCGCAUUUUUUUCAACUGUUGUAGGGCUUUCCAAGGUUUGGGACCUGCUUUUUUGCUGCCGAAUGCGCUAGGGAUCCUGGGCAGAACGUACGAACCUGGUCGACGCAAGAAUCUGGUGUUUAGCUUGUUUGGUGCCACGGCACCAAGCGGUUUUGUGCUAGGCGCCGUCUUUUCUUCGAUUUUCAGUCAGCUCUUGUGGUGGCCAUGGUCUUUUUGGGUCAUGGCGAUUGCAUGUCUAGUGCUAGCCUUAGCCGGUACGGUGGUCAUUCCUCAUACACCAUCGCCGAGACUGGCAGGAACCGUCAUCGAACAUGUGGAUAUCUGGGGAUCGAUCACUGGUGUAACGGGACUGGUAUUGAUAAAUUUUGCAUGGAAUCAGGGCCCCGUAGUUGGAUGGCCUACGCCAUACAACUAUAUUCUUCUCAUAGUUGGGUUUAUAUCCAUCGGUGCGUUUGUGUUUGUGGAAAAACGAGCAAAGUAUCCCCUAGUCCCCUUCCCAUACCUGACAAAAGACGUUGCAUUCGUUCUUGCAUGUAUAUCGACGGGGUGGUCAUCUUUUGGGAUCUGGCUAUAUUAUUUGGUGAGAAUGCUAGAAGUUUUGCGGGGCCACAGCCCAUUGCUAACGAGUGCGCAGCUUGUACCGGUAGCCGUCAGCGGGUUGUGUGCCGCUAUAACCACCGGGUUUAUGCUAAGUCAUGUACGACCCAGUUUUGUGAUGUUGUUUGCCAUGACAGCAUUUACCGUUGGUGGGAUUUUGAUCGGUACCGCACCAGUGAACCAAAUAUAUUGGGCCCAAACGUUUCUAACCAUCAUUGUGAUGCCUUGGGGCAUGGAUAUGUCUUUUCCAGCAGCAACGAUACUGCUGAGCAAUUGCAUGCCCAAGGAACAUCAAGGUUUAGCGGCAUCACUGGUCAACACUUUUGUUAAUUACUCAAUUUCUUUAGGUCUUGGGUUUGCCGGUACCAUCGAGUCCCGUAUCGACCCCGAGGGAGACCAUAUUUUGAAGGGUUAUCGUGGUGCGUGGUACAUGGGGAUUGGACUCAGCGGGUUAGGAAUAUGUGUUGCUUGUCUUUACACCCUGCACUCAUCGAAACGCACCUGA